AUGUCGGAUGCGCCAACGAGCCCGAGUCACGAGAGUGGGGGCGAGCAGAGCCCUCGCGGUUCGUCGUCUGGUGCCAGGGAGCAGGACCGCUACCUUCCUAUUGCCAACAUCAGCCGCAUCAUGAAGAAGGGUCUGCCUCCCAAUGGCAAGAUCGCUAAGGACGCCAAAGAUACCAUGCAAGAAUGUGUUUCUGAGUUCAUCAGCUUCAUCACCAGCGAGGCGAGUGAGAAAUGCCAGAAAGAGAAAAGAAAGACCAUUAAUGGAGACGAUUUGUUAUGGGCAAUGGCUACUUUAGGUUUUGAAGACUACAUAGAGCCGCUUAAGGUGUACCUAGCAAGGUACAGAGAGGGUGACACUAAAGGAUCUACUAGAGGUGGGGAUGGAUCUGCUAGACCAGAUCAAGUUGGCCAUGCAGGUCAAAAUUCUCAGCUUGUUCAUCAGGGUUCACUGAACUAUAUUAGUUUGCAGGUGCAACCACAACAUUUGCUUCCGUUGGAGGCGAGGAGAAAAAUAUACUGGUCUAACCUGCAAAAUCACUUGGACAAACUCAGUCAGCAGAGUAAAAAUGCACUGAAACAUGUGCUUACCUAG